CACAUAAUGCCAUCAAGCAACAUGUCAGAUCCGGUUUAAAAAGUGAGAGGACUGAGGAAAAGCUUAGAGCUGGACAGCACAACAACUACAUUGCAAACAUGCCACUUAAUCCAAAUGCCAAACUUGCAGCUAAUGCUGGUCGACUCUCAAGAUCACAUGCUGCAAAGAUCAAGGACAACAAGACGGCUGGUACCCUUCUUGAUAUCAGAGUUCUGUCGGAGGCCACUGGUACUCGAGUUGUUAUUCUAACAGAAAACAAACAUGGAAAACUCACAAAAAUGCAGGAGGUGAGUCCAAGCACUAAAUCUACUGGUGAAACAGUGACUUUGAUCUACAGGCCAAAGAGCACCCAAAACCCUAAUGGUCACUAUGAUGUGUUCAUCAACAAUAAGACAGUGAGCAUAGACAGUAAACAAAAGGGUUCCCUUUUUCACGCUUUGGCAAGAGGCAUGAAACCAAAAGCCAGUGAAACAGAGAUUGCUUCGGAGGCAAACCACCUCAGACAUGUGGAGGCCAACACUCUACUCAAACACCCAGGACAAUGGGAAUCUUUCAUGAAGCGCAAACAGUUGACAGAAACCAUCAGAGGGGGAGACUGGUACAUGGCAGAGGCAGGUAGACCAGAAAGAAUUAUAAAAGAAAACAAAACUCUACUGCAGAAAGUAACUGGAAAGAUUGAACAAUACAAAGGAUAUUUGAAAAAAACAGCCAUUCCAGUAGUUGAAAAAACUGUCAGUACAGAUCAGCAGCCUCCGAACAGUAGUAUAGUGGCAGCUAAAACACUGAACCAGAACAGCAAACUGGCAAUGGCAAUGCUACAAGUGAGAAAAUAUUUACAUGUUUCAGAUACCAGCAAAACAUCUAGUGCUGAGAAUCAAGAAGGCCUGAAGCUACCAACUGAUCGCAACCUUAAAGAUGUAAUUGAUGACGUUUCCUCUCCAGAACCAAAAGCUUUGAGAUCAUACUUGGCCUCCAUGAUAAGCAAAGAUGAUGUUGUUGGAACCUUUAAACUGAUGACAUUUGGAGCAAUGGUCAGAUGUCAACUGAGUAACACCAAGAAUGUUCAAAACAAGAAGAAGAGUAAAACCCGGAUUGCUAGGUUUGAAAAAAGCUUUCAGCAACUCAGUACACAGAUGGUACAUAAAUGGUACAACCUGCUCAAAGGCAAGGGUGUCAUGACAAAUGACCACCUAUCAACCAUCACACAAUGGAUCAACAACCAGGGCUACAAGGAUCAAAAUGAUCCACACAGGAAACAGGCGUUCAGCAUCCUUUCAUGAAGAGUGAAAACCCCGGAGGAUACAAGAAGAAU